UGUGCCUCAAGUUGCAUUCACUAACAGUCGGAAUCCCCACCAUUGAAAAUAGUGUGUAGUGUUGCGCUAUCCUUGUCACAUUGUUUCUGUGCCACCUCGGUUUAGUCCUGUCUUAGUUUAUGUUUCAUCGUCAAGUCCGAGUUCCUAGUUUGUCUCCUAGUUAUUAGACCUUGCUGCUAGUCUUUUGGAUCCUGCCUAGCGUAGCGUUUUUGUACCUCUGCCUUCUCAGACUGCUUACACUGUGUAUGACCUCUUGUUUGACUAAACCUAACGUCAUGUCCUUGUCCCGGAGUCCUGCAUUUGGGACCACCCCCGCACCGGAGGGUCACCGGAGCGCUCGAGCCGCUUCCCAGCUGACUUUGAGUGUGAGGCGAGGGAGGGUUGUCUGCCAUGGAAAACAAAUAAAGAAGAAAUAGCUGCAGGAUGAAAACAUGGCCGCACCCAUUCUUGCACCGCCAGGACCUGACAGCUUCAAGAAGUUUACUCCGGAGUCGCUCGCUAACAUCGAGAAGCGCAUCAAUGAAGAGAAGAACAAGAAACCGGCCAAGCCCAGGUCGGACAGCAGUCACCGCGACACGUCAGACGAGAACGAGCCCAAGCCCAACAGGGACCUGGAGGCCGGGAAGAGCCUGCCGCUCAUCUAUGGCGAUAUUCCAAAUGGCAUGGUGGCCACACCGCUAGAGGAUCUGGACCCCUUCUAUGUCAACCAAAAAACGUUCAUAGUGCUAAACAAGGGGAAAACAAUCUUCCGCUUCAGUGCCACGCCCUCCCUGUACAUCAUCAGCCCUUUUAAUAUUUUCAGGCGAAUAGCAAUUAAGAUUUUGAUACAUUCGUUAUUCAGCAUGAUCAUCAUGUGCACCAUUUUGACCAACUGUAUAUUCAUGACAUUUAGCGACCCCCCAGAGUGGUCCAAACAAGUGGAAUACACCUUCACAGGGAUCUACACUUUUGAGUCCCUCACAAAAAUUGUGGCCAGAGGCUUUGCCAUCGACGGAUUCACGUUUCUCCGAGAUCCGUGGAACUGGCUGGAUUUCAUGGUCAUCUCAAUGGCAUAUAUAACAGAGUUUGUGGACCUUGGGAAUGUGUCGGCCCUCCGAACGUUCAGGGUUCUCCGAGCAUUGAAAACUAUUUCUGUCAUUCCAGGCCUCAAAACCAUCGUGGGUGCCCUGAUCCAGUCUGUGAAGAAGCUCUCAGACGUGAUGAUCCUGACCGUCUUCUGUCUCAGCGUCUUUGCUCUGAUCGGACUGCAGCUCUUCAUGGGGAACCUGCGGCAAAAAUGUGUAUUUUGGCCCAUUGAUAUGGGCGACAUGUCCAAUGGCUCCAAGGGCUUUGACUGGGACGAAUACAUCAUGAAUGACACUAACUUCUACUUUUACCCUGGUCAGGCUGAUGCUUUAUUAUGUGGAAAUAGUUCAGACUCGGGACGAUGUCCUGAGGGGUUUACAUGUAUGAAAGCCGGAAGGAAUCCCAAUUACGGCUACACCAGCUUUGACAGCUUCGGAUGGGCCUUCCUCACCCUCUUUCGUCUGAUGACCCAAGACUUCUGGGAAAAUCUCUACAUGCUGACUCUGCGAGCGGCAGGGAAGACCUACAUGAUCUUCUUUGUGCUGGUCAUCUUUGUGGGCUCCUUCUAUCUCGUCAAUCUCAUCUUGGCUGUGGUCGCCAUGGCCUAUGAGGAGCAGAACCAGGCCACCAUCGAAGAGGCUGAGCAAAAGGAGGCUGAAUUCAAAGCCAUGCUGGAGCAGCUCAAAAGGCAGCAGGAAGAAACACAGGCUGCAGCCGUGGUGACAUCUGCAGGCACCGUGUCGGAGGUCGCGUUGGAGGACGAAGGAGGGGGUCAUCUGUCCCGCAGCUCUUCGGAGGUCUCCAAGCUCAGCUCCAAGAGCGCCAAGGAGCGUCGCAAUCGCAAGAAGAAAUCGCGCCAGAAAGAGCAGGAGAAAGAGAAAGGUGACAGCGAGAAGGUUGUCAAGUCCGAGUCUGACGACGGCAGCAAGAGAAGCACCCUUCGCUUCCCGGGAAGCCGUUUGGGCAGGAAGACAUCAAUCAUGAACCAAUCUCUGCUGAGCAUCCCGGGCUCGCCCUUCAUGUCACGCCACAACAGCCGCAGCAGCAUCUUCAGCUUUAAGGGCCGCUCCAAGGACAUGGGCUCAGAAAACGAGUUCGCCGAUGACGAGCACAGUACAGUGGAGGAGAGCGAAGACCCCCGGGGUUCCCUUUUCAUCCCUUUCCGGCGGAACAGCUACAGCGGCUACAGCCAAGGCUCGUCACGCAUCCACCCGCUGGCGCCUCAUUCGGGAGGGAAGAGGAACAGCACGGUGGACUGCAAUGGCGUGGUGUCCCUCAUCGGCCCGGGGCCUGGCAGACGGCUUCUGCCUGAGACCACAGACGUGGAGAUUAAGAAGAAGCACUCUGGCUCUCUCAUGGUAUCUGUGGAUCAGCUCAAUUCUUCCUUCAAAGGAAAAGACCGCGCCAACAGUCAGAUGAGCGUAGUCACCAACACUCUGUUAGAAGAGUUAGAGGAAUCUCAAAGGAAGUGCCCUCCCUGUUGGUACAAAUUCGCCAACACAUUCCUCAUCUGGGAGUGCCACCCCCAUUGGCUGAAGAUAAAGCAUAUAGUCUACCUGAUUGUCAUGGACCCGUUUGUCGACUUGGCCAUCACCAUCUGCAUCGUCCUCAACACCCUGUUCAUGGCCAUGGAGCAUUAUCCCAUGACCGAGCACUUUGAGGGCGUCCUCUCUGUAGGCAAUCAGGUUUUCACUGGCAUCUUCGCUGGGGAGAUGUUUGCCAAACUGGUGGCCAUGGAUCCCUACUACUAUUUCCAGGAAGGAUGGAAUUGUUUCGAUGGAUUCAUAGUGACACUGAGUUUAGUGGAGCUAGGACUCCAGGAUGUGGAGGGUCUGUCAGUGCUCAGAUCCUUCCGAUUGUUGAGAGUGUUCAAACUGGCCAAAUCAUGGCCCACGCUCAACAUGUUGAUCAAGAUCAUUGGUAAUUCGGUGGGGGCCCUGGGUAAUCUGACCCUGGUGCUGGCCAUCAUUGUCUUCAUCUUCGCUGUGGUGGGCAUGCAGCUGUUUGGCAAAAGCUACAAGGACUGUGUGUGCAAGAUCGCAGAUGACUGUAAACUGCCUCGCUGGCACAUGCAUGACUUCUUCCACUCCUUCCUGAUUGUAUUCAGAGUGUUGUGUGGGGAGUGGAUUGAGACCAUGUGGGAUUGCAUGGAGGUGGCAGGACAGACAAUGUGCCUCACAGUCUUCAUGAUGGUAAUGGUCAUCGGAAACUUGGUGGUGUUGAACCUAUUCCUGGCUUUGCUACUGAGCUCGUUCAGUGCGGACAACCUUGCUGCCACAGAUGAUGAUGGCGAGCCCAACAAUCUCCAGCUCGCUGUUACUCGAAUUAAGAAAGGCAUUGCCUGGUUCAAGUCCCACAUGCGUCUCUUUGUUGCCACUGUGCUCAAGAAGCCUGUUGAAGAUGAACAAAAACCUCUGGAUGAAAUGUACGAGAAAAAGCUCAACUGCAUUGCGAACCACUCGGUGGACAUCAACCGUGAACUGGAUUAUGCUAAAAAUGGCAACGGCACCACCAGCGGCAUUGGGAGCAGCGUUGGAAAGUACAUGAUUGAUGAAGACUACAUGUCCUUCAUCCACAACCCCAACUUGACCGUGUGCGUUCCUAUCGCUGUUGGAGAGUCGGACUUUGAAAACCUUAACACAGAAGACUUCAGCAGUGAGUCAGAUGUGGAGAACAGCAAGGAUCUGGAUGACACGAGUUCAUCUGAGGGCAGCACAAUAGACAUAAAGCCUGACGUGGAGGAGGUGGCAGUCGUGGAGGUUGUCGAGGAGUACCUUGACCCAGAUGCCUGCUGGACAGAUGAGUGUGUGGCAAAAUAUAAGUGCUGUGAUGUUCCCAUCACUCACGGCUGGGGGAAGCACUGGUGGUUCCUGAGGAAGACCUGCUAUCUGAUUGUGGAGCACAACUGGUUUGAAACACUCAUCAUCUUCAUGAUCUUACUUAGCAGUGGAGCGCUGGCCUUUGAGGACGUCUACAUUGAGCAGAGGAAGACCAUUCGCAUUAUUCUGGAGUACGCCGAUCGGGUUUUCACCUACAUUUUCAUUCUGGAGAUGCUGCUAAAGUGGGUGGCUUACGGCUUUGUCAAGUACUUCACUAACGCCUGGUGCUGGUUGGACUUCUUUAUCGUGGAUGUUGUGGUCAACGCCUUGGUGGGGGCCAUCCCUUCCAUUAUGAAUGUGCUUCUGGUGUGUCUCAUCUUCUGGCUCAUCUUCAGCAUCAUGGGCGUGAACCUCUUUGCUGGGAAGUACUACUACUGCUACAACGAGACCGAAGAGCAAUCGUUCCACCCCAAUGUCGUGAACAACCGAACGCAGUGUUUCGAGUACAUCAAUGACAACCACACUGAAGUCAGAUGGAAAAAUGUCAAGAUCAACUUUGAUAAUGUGGGGGCAGGUUACCUGGCACUCCUACAAGUGGCCACAUUCAAAGGCUGGAUGGACAUUAUGUAUGCAGCAAUAGAUUCUAGAAAGGUGGAGGAUCAGCCGCUGUAUGAAGACAACUUAUACAUGUACAUCUACUUUGUCAUCUUUAUCAUUUUUGGCUCAUUCUUCACCCUAAACCUCUUCAUUGGUGUCAUCAUUGAUAACUUCAAUCAGCAAAAGAAAAAGUUUGGAGGUCAGGAUAUAUUCAUGACGGAAGAACAGAAGAAAUACUACAAUGCCAUGAAGAAACUUGGCUCAAAGAAACCACAAAAGCCUAUACCCAGACCACAGAACAAAAUCCAGGGCAUGGUGUUUGACUUUGUGACCCAGCAAGUAUUCGACAUCUCUAUCAUGAUCCUCAUCUGCCUCAACAUGGUCACCAUGAUGGUAGAAACUGACAAUCAGUCAAAGGAAACGGAGACUGUGCUCUACUGGGUCAACUUCAUCUUCAUCGUCGUCUUCACCGGCGAAUUUUUACUGAAGCUGUUUGCGCUGCGUCACUACUACUUCACCAACGGCUGGAAUAUCUUUGAUGUGGUGGUUGUCAUCCUCUCCAUUGUGGGAAUGUUCCUCGCCGACUUGAUCGAGAAGUACUUUGUGUCACCAACAUUGUUCAGGGUUAUUCGACUGGCGCGUAUCGGUCGAAUCCUGCGCCUCAUCAAGGGCGCCAAAGGCAUCAGAACUCUACUCUUUGCCCUGAUGAUGUCGCUCCCGGCCUUGUUCAAUAUUGGCCUGCUGCUUUUCCUGGUCAUGUUCAUUUUCUCCAUCUUUGGCAUGUCCAACUUUGGCUACGUAAAACACGGGGCCGGGAUCGACGACAUGUAUAACUUUGAGACCUUCGGCAACAGCAUGAUCAUCUUGUUCAUGAUCACGACGUCAGCUGGCUGGGACGGCCUGCUGCUACCCAUUCUUAACUACCCUCCAGACUGUGACCCCUUGUUGGAGAAUGCCGGCACUCCUUCCACGGGGGACUGUGGGAACCCAUCUGUGGGCAUCUUCUUCUUUGUUAUGUAUAUCAUCAUUUCUUUCCUAAUUGUGGUCAACAUGUAUAUCGCCAUCAUUCUGGAGAACUUCAGUGUGGCCACGGAGGAAAGCGCCGACCCACUCAGCGAGGAUGACUUUGAGACCUUCUAUGAGAUUUGGGAAAAGUUUGACCCCACCGCCUCCCAGUUCAUCACGUACGCCAAGCUCUCCGACUUUGCGGACGCACUUGAACACCCGCUGCGAGUCCCCAAGCCCAACACCAUUGAACUCAUUGCCAUGGACAUGCCGAUGGUGAGCGGGGACCGCAUACACUGCCUGGACAUUUUGUUUGCCUUCACCAAGCGCGUGCUGGGUGACAGCGGUGAGUUGGACAUGUUGAGGCAACAAAUGGAGGAGCGAUUUGUGGCGGCCAACCCUUCCAAGGUCUCCUACGAGCCCAUCACCACCACUCUGAGGCGCAAGCAAGAGGACGUGUCGGCCAGAAUCAUCCAAAGGGCCUACCGCGCCUACCUGGCGAGGCGGGGUUUCGUUUGCAAGUGCAUUCCAACCAACAACAGAGUGGAGAAUGGCGGGAAUAAUCAGGAACAAGAGAAGGAGGCCACGCCCUCAACCGCCUCCCUGCCCUCGUACGAUAGCGUCACCAAACCCGACAAGGAGAAGGAGGACGACAACGAAGGCAAGGGAGGGAGGAACGAGAGAGGAAGAAACCAAAAAGACGUCAGGGAAUCCAAAUGUUAAGGCGAUGGGAUAGUAAUAAUCACGCUAUUAACACCACUAAUUAUAACACAAGGAAACUCACACUCGCACGGAUGUACAGAUUAUUUCAUUUGCAAGUCAGAAAAGAUUGAGUGUUUUUAUUUUCGGCCUUCAGAGAGAAGCGCUCACACUGUCGACGGCUUGAAGACACUUGAACUCCUCUCAUAAUCAGCUGUGACAUCGUAUCUAGAUGAUUUACGUCCACACAGGAGACAAGGAACUAACUCCAAGCGAAGGACUUCACGGAUUCCAGUGGAAAUGAUAAGCAACUCUUACAGGUGCCUCAGUUGCACUGCGCAAGUACUGAAACGUCUCUCAGAGCAAAGCGGCUAACUAAGGACGAGUGCCAGACACAAAUAGUAGAGCGCAUCGGGAGUAUUUUUUGUUUUAUUAAAGCUGGAAAUUAUUGAUGUGAGCAGCAAAAAUGCAAACCAAUAUAAAAGGAACACUAUUUAGCAUUUUGCCUUUGCCACUUAACUCCCAUUAUUUAUACCCACGUCCAAAUGUUUGUUUUUUUUUGGUUUGUUUUUUUUUCUUUUCGAACAUGCGGGCUUUCACACCAAUUUGUUCAGGGUCUGUUUAUUAUGGGGGGUGAACUCAGGCCAAGGGCUUACGUACAUCUACUCAGAAAGAGUUCCAAAAACAAAUACAUAGGUAAUUGUGCUUGUUUGAUGCAUAGAAAUGAUUUGCAUGAUGGCAUGUUUUUGACCAGAACUCUUGCAUGAACUUUUCAUAGUCCACAAAACACUAACACUGCAGUGGCGCGCGUUUUGAGGGUCGAUCGUCUGAAACGGAAAAAUCUUGUCUCAUCGCUCAAGACAUUACAAUUGUUGCCUCUACAAAGAGAAAAAUGGAACAUGUUGGUAUAUUAGAACACACACACACACACAGACUAGCGGAUUGCCGUUGUAACGUGAAUAAUUAUUUGCUGCUGCUCUCGAAGACGAAAGAAAAAUUGAGGACGUGAUGUCAGAAAAUCCGAAGCUUCUAUUUAACGUCUCUAUGCACCGACUGUAUGUAAUUCUUUAUUUGCUUUCAUUGUUUUAAGUGGUCAGUGGGGAUUUUACAAUUAUGACCUUUUUAUUGGUGAUGCAUUUCCUUUCUGAAAGGGCUGAGAAGAGCUCUUAAACAUAUUUAUGUGUGUGUGUGUGAGUGUGCUUUCCUCCUUAUUUUCUAAUUUUAAUGUCGAAGGAAACACGUUUGUCCGAUUUGAGCCGAGUAAUGAGAAAGGCGAGCGUUGGAGUGUGUGGAGAAGCCAAAGUGAGCCGUCUUGUCAUUCUUCAUCACAGUGGAGGGGGUUUGUGUUCACGACUAAAUGUCCAUGUAUUUUUGAUUACAGUAUUUUAUUUUGCUCUCAUCAGAGACCCGAGAAUUGUAUGCAAUGCUUGAAAAAAAAAAAUCCUCCCCUUUUUCUCAGGAGAUCAUACACUCGUUGAGCUCUGCUAGACAAUGCAGGCGAAUGUGACGGGCGCGUUUAUUAAAUCACAUUUUACGCCUUUGUGUUUGACGCCAUGACGAUGAUGAUGACGCGAAACAAUCUCAGAUGGCCGCUUUCUUUCAGUAGGACUCCUGGUCCAUUCUGCUGUAGAACUUCCUGCUUAUGACGCUGAGACCUACAGCCCUAGAAGCAUCGCAGAGAUACCGAUGUGUUUUUUUUUCCCCUUCUCACUAACAAAGGCGCCGGUUAAAUUGAUAGUGAAUUGCAGUUCGGAGGAAGUCAUUACGGUUUUAAUUUUGAGCUCCAUUCAUGUUUGAAAACAAAUAUAACCAAAAAAAUAAAUAAAUGAAAAGAAAAAACUGAUUCGCCACAUAGUACAUAGUACUAACAACACACAGGAAACAACACGAGGUGAUGUCACAGAUUUUAACACACUCAGACACUCUGACCCGCUCCGCAAUGCACUCAAUACCAAAUAAAUAACAGAGCACUAGAUGCAUCUCAUGGUGCCGCAGCAGAUCUUUAGCACUGUGUCGUGAUGUCACUUCCUGUUUUUUGGGAUGUUACCCCCUUCCAUUUGUUCCCAAGUCCUGCAAAUGGUCCACUUCCUGCAUGUGCGCUCCAAAAUCACUGUGGGUGUUGACCAAAUAAAACCAUGAACUUCAAGCGUUAAAAUUCUCUUUUUACUCAUCAUGUAUUUAAAAAAAAAUUCAGAAAAGGGAAUUCAUUUGAAAGAAAAAAAACAAGUAUGAGCUUUUUUUCUGAAGCUAAAAAUGACCUCAUAACAACCUAAUGUAAUAUUUAAUUUUAAUGGCAUGUGGAGUUUUUUUUUUGUAAAUACUGGACUUUGUCAAAAACUACAGCUAUUAAUAUUACACUUAAAUAUAAAUAAGCAUAAAUAGAAUGGCUUCCAGCUUUGGCCCCGUCACACUUGUUAGACUGUAACGUCUGUCGGAGUAGAACUUUUUUUAUUCACUUUUCACACAAAAAUCAAUACCUUCAAAUACAGAGCUAUAUUGCAUAUAUUAUAUAUAUAUAUUCUACUACAUGGAUAAAUAUAUAUAUAGUAUAUAUACUGUAUAUAUUAGAACAAAUGCGAUGCAACUCGCCAGUCCACUUUUUUGCAAGGGGGGGUGAAACACAGUUCAACACGCAGCUUUCUUUGUGUGUGUGUGUGUGUGUGUGUGUGUGUGUGUAUGAUUUCAAUAACCAAAAGUGGCCCACCCGGCACCCAAAGGUGCCAGCGCAAAAUGCAUGGUGUUAAACUGGCUGCUUGCUGAAAAUCGGGAAUCCUGCCUUGGUGGGAGGAUUGCACUAACCAACAUUAGUAGCAAUGUUUUGCCCCUUCUCCUCUGUGUACACACACAUUCAUAACGCCGAUAGGAAGUACAGGCCGCCCCUCACUUGUUGUGUGUGAAGUGUUUGCGCAUUCCACCUUGUUUGUCAUACACCGACGCCGUCCCCCACCGCGAUACGUGUAAAAACCCGAGGGUUAGUCGUCUUAGUUGCCUGUGUGUUUGUUUCUGGUGCAAUAUCUCUUAACGGCACGUGCCUUUUUUAGCUUCCUAUUCAGUCGAUCCGUGAAUUCGGCAAUGCGGAGUUCCAAAAACCCACAAGAUUUAAAAAAGAAAAAGAAAAAAAAGAGCACGAUAGUAGCAAUGUAUUGAGUCCAAAUGAACUGGUAUAUUGCUAACUCACCACGUACGUAGCUUAGAUUGUCUGGACUAACAUAUUGUAGAAUCAUGUAAUAGAAGUUAUCGCUCGGCUUUCUCUCUCUCUUGAUCUUUCUCCCUUUUGUUGUGUUGACACACUUUUGGGCUGGUAAAAGCUUGCCUUCUCUUUUGGAGGUUUCUGUCAUUUUCAAAUGUUGGAUUAGCGUUCACAAUAUGGGGCCAUUGUUUUGAUUUAGCAUGAUUGGGAUAUCAUUGCGGGGUUUUUUUUUUUUGUGUAUGUGAGUGUGUUUGUUUUUGUUUUGUUUGUUUUUUGUGUGUGCUGAAAAUAAGCUGACUGGACGGGGGGAACAACAACUUUUGAAUGUCAUUAUCUCUUGCCACUAAUGCAGCCAGAGAGAGGAAUAUGUUGCACAACCACACGAGACAAUUCAGUGAGAAUCAGUGAAAGAAUGUCUUGAUUUGAGCACGAAUCUAUUUCCAAACAAUAAA